GUCAGUGUUUGUCGUUUCGGUUUCCGAUAUACGAGACUGCGCCAUUAGACACAUAACAUUAUUGCUUCCUAGAAACCUUUUAACACAUCAAAUUCAAAAGAGAUCGAGUCGCUGCGAUAAAAAGUGACUCUGAUCUCGCUAAGGAGUCUUCAUUUUUUAUCAAAAUAGAUCGGACAAAAAGGGGGAUGCUGCUGCAGUCCGAAUUAGAGUCUCUCAGACGGUCGUUGAAUUUAAUGUCGUCGCGUUUGUUUGUAAAAAGCAGUUUUUCGAUAGAGGAAUCCGCGUACAGAAUAAGAGGUCAACAACCGCGACCGUGUACGUUUGCGCGAUGCUGAAUUAAAAUUAAACCAGCAAACCAAGUUGCGCUAUUGUUUUCUGGCUGUAACACUGGCUAUCUUGUAGCUAUCAAGCUGUAUUGUCCUCCGAAGUCUGCGAUUAGCAAGAUUAACUAACGUUAGCUGGAUCGCCGGUGGCUGCAGAAACAAGUGGAAAAAAGACGCCUCUAAUUCUUCUGUUUGCUGUUGAUAGAAACGUUCAGUGGUUAGCUAGUAUUUUAGCUAACGUUACAUUUGAUCGGUGCAAGCGAGAACAACGCAGAAGAAUUUGCUCACAAAGGAUUGUCAUCUGAGAGCAUCAGUACAAUACAUCUAAGGUGAGCGAUGAAGCUGUUGGAGAAUUCCAGUUUUGAGGCCCUGAGCUCUCAGCUCUGCGUGGAGACCGGAGACUCCCACAUUCUGGGCAGGAUCGAGAGUUACUCCUGCAAGAUGGCGGGUGACGACAAGCACAUGUUUAAGCAGUUCUGCCAGGAGGGGGAGCCGCACGUCCUGGAGGCCCUGUCCCCUCCUCAGUCGAGCGCCACCAGCCCCCAGCAGCUGGGGAAAAGCAGUGAGGAAGGAGAGAACCCCCUGAGUGACAAGUGUUGCAGGAAGACCCUGUUCUACCUCAUCACCACGCUCAAUGAGUCCUUCCGGCCCGACUACGACUUCAGCGCUGCCCGCGCCCACGAGUUCAGCCGCGAGCCCAGCCUCAACUGGGUGAUGAACGCGGUGAAUGGCAGCUUGUUUUCAGCAGUGGGAGAAGAGUUCAACGCCUUGGGGCCAGAGCUGUGGAAUGCCAUUGAUCAGGAGAUCAGCUUGCAGGGCUGUGACAUAUACAGCUACAACCCCGACCUGGACUCAGACCCGUUUGGAGAGGAGGGGAGCCUGUGGUCCUUCAACUACUUUUUCUACAACAAGAAGCUGAAGAGGAUAGUCUUCUUCACCUGCCGCUCCGUCAGUGUCCUCAGUGGUUAUGGACGUGGCUGCCUGGACAAUGAGUUGGACAUGGAGCUGGACGACGAUGAGGAGGAGAUGGACGAAUUCACUGAGGACAGGUUCCCCAGGGCUUUGUGCGUGUAAUUUUCUCAGGGACAAGCGGAUGCCCUGGGUCUCCUGGGAGCAGUCCCAUACACCCUCCCCCCCCAUCAAGCCCCCCCCCCCCCCAUCUUUAAGCUGUCCUCAUUUCGGCAGUCUCUCCCCGGCUGCCUUCUUCACCUGGCCGUUUCUUCAGUCGGACACAAGCAUGUGGUGUCUUUACCUUCCUUCCUCUCGGCGGAUUAAAAGAUGAUGUUGGGACAUUCAGAAAAUGCCCGCAUAGCCCAGAAAGGGGGGUUUUGUUUUCCAUUGUCCGACCCCUCCUCCCCAUUCCCCUGCGGCCCACCCCCCUUGUGAAGGGCCAACUCCCUGCGUGGAGCCUCGGUGAACGUUGGACUCCUUGUUGGCUGAUGUGUCCGGUUUCUCCUGGUCCGGCCGUAGCCCUGAAAGCGCGAUGGUUUCAGCACUCAGGGCUGUGAGACUCUUGACCAGGCCACUUGUACCUGGGCAGGCCCACAGCUAAAGGACGCUAACUGUGACUGACUGUGCAACUGCUGUUAGGCAACAUGCAGAUCUGUGUAGGGCGCAGCAAUCUGGAACAAAACAAAGCAGCAAAACCAGGAUUCUCCACUCUGUCCUUCCGCUGACCUGCACUCACAGGUCACCAUGGAGCACCUGGUCCGACACCAGCAUCAGUAGGCAGGGACGACCCUCAAGGCCACGGAUCUCUGCCUUACAUCCCCUUCCCAAAUCUACUGCCAAGGAGGUGGGGCUACAGGAGCUACUGUGAUUGACAUUCUAUCCAGCCCAGAGAAAUUUUUUUAACCUGUCCUUACCUCUCCUUUUACUUGUGUGGUUUUGAGUUUGUCAAUGUUGUCGUGAGUUUUGUGUGGCUAUAUAUAUAACAUAUAUAUAUAUAUAUAUGAGCAUCGCUCUGGAGCUGGGUGCCAGCUGUAACCGAAAGCGCCUAACAUGUUUCAGCCCCGUGUCUCUGGUUUGGCAUUAAGCACCGCUUUCCACCGAGGGACACCAACGGUCAAUUCACUGCCAUGUGAGCAAUAAAAGAGAGCGACCACCGCAGCUAGCCUAGCCUAGCGGGUACACUCCAGGUACUCCCGUUUUUACCCAGCGCAGUAUUCACCUGUUCCUUCCCGGUCUUCACUGUAUCUACCUUCCGACGGUGAGGUGACGU